AUGUCGAUGGCUGGGGAGUUUUCUUUGGCUCAGCAGGCUGCUGUCUCCUCACAGCCGAGUCUUAAGCUUGAUUGCAAGUGGAAGCUCUCUCCUCAUGGGGUGAUUAAGGUGAAUUAUGAUGCUGCCACUUUCUUGAAUGAUGGUGUGUUUUUGGGGGUUGUUAUGAGGGGUGAUGUAGGAGACGUUGUUACCUCAACUUGCUUGCCUCUUCAUGGAAGAUUUGACGCUGAUAUCGCAGAGGCAAUUGCUAUGAGACACGCAUUGAGCAUUGUCAUUGAGUCUGGGUUUAGAAAUGUUUGUAUGGAAACGGACUGCCUCAAGCUUCAUAGCCAUCUUAUCAAGCGAAACACUCUUGCUACAACGUUUGGGUCAAUCAUUAAUGAUAUCAUUCACCUUGCUCGUAGCUGCCAGUCUUGCUAUUUCUCUUUUGUGAAAAGGGAAGGCAAUCAGGUUUCCCAUGCUUUAGCUAAAUUAUGUUCUUCUUUUGUUUCCUUUAGAGUGUGGAUAGAGGAAGUUCCUUCACACAUUGCUGAGAUUGUAAUGGCUGAUAGACGAAGCCUUUUGAUUGAUUAA